GGGAAGCGGCUGCCCCGGCCCUCCGUCCCCCCCGCCGCCCGCCCCCGCCGCAGACACGGGACCAGCUUCGGGGUCAGAUUCGAAGCCGCUUUGGCGCCAAAUCCUGAGGUACAGACUGUGCAGACAUCACUUUCUGAAUCUCCAGUAAUGACCAGCCCCUCACAGCGCAUCCAGAUAAUCUCUACAGACUCUUCAGUUGCUUCACCACAACGCAUUCAGAUUGUGACAGAUCAGCAAACAGGACAGAAAAUCCAGAUAGUGACUGCAGUGGACUCCUCCGUAUCCCCGAAACAGCAAUUUAUCUUGACCAGUCCAGAUGGAACUGGAACAGGAAAGGUGAUAUUGGCAUCACCUGAGACAUCCAGUGCCAAGCAGCUUAUUUUCACCACCGCGGACAACCUGGUUCCUGGCAGAAUCCAAAUUGUGACCGAUUCUGCUUCUGUUGAGCGCUUAUUGGGGAAAGCAGAUGUCCAGCGGCCCCAGGUGGUAGAAUAUUGUGUGGUGUGCGGAGACAAAGCGUCAGGUCGUCACUAUGGGGCUGUCAGUUGUGAAGGCUGCAAAGGCUUCUUUAAAAGAAGUGUAAGGAAGAAUUUGACCUACAGCUGUCGAAGUAACCAGGACUGUAUAAUCAAUAAACAUCAUCGGAACCGCUGCCAAUUCUGUAGACUGAAAAAGUGCUUAGAGAUGGGCAUGAAAAUGGAAUCUGUUCAGAGUGAAAGGAAGCCCUUUGAUGUGCAAAGGGAGAAACCAACCAACUGUGCGGCUUCAACAGAAAAAAUCUACAUCAGGAAAGACUUAAGAAGUCCCUUGAUAGCCACACCAACUUUUGUAGCAGACAAAGAUGGAACAAGACAAACAGGUCUUCUCGAUCCAGGAAUGCUUGUCAAUAUCCAGCAACCUUUGAUACGUGACGAUGGCACUGUUCUUCUUGCUGCCGACUCCAAGGCCGAAACAAGCCAGGGUGCUCUAGGCACAUUGGCAAACGUAGUGACAUCCCUUGCCAACCUCAAUGAAUCUCUAAAUAACGGUGACCCUUCAGAAAUCCAGCAAGAGGACCAAUCGGCAAGUGAGAUCACUCGGGCAUUUGAUACCUUGGCAAAAGCACUUAACACCACAGAUGGCUCUUCAACACCAAACUUAGCAGAUGGGAUGGAUCCUACAGGAGGAGGGAACAUUCAUGUCAUCAGUAGAGAUCAGUCAACACCCAUCAUCGAAGUAGAGGGACCCCUACUUACAGAUACACAUGUCACAUUUAAACUCACAAUGCCUAGCCCAAUGCCAGAGUACCUCAACGUGCAUUACAUCUGUGAGUCAGCAUCACGGCUGCUGUUCCUCUCAAUGCACUGGGCCAGGUCCAUUCCUGCCUUUCAGGCCCUUGGUCAGGACUGCAAUACAAGCCUGGUACGUGCCUGCUGGAAUGAGCUCUUCACCUUGGGCCUGGCCCAGUGUUCCCAAGUGAUGAGCCUCUCCACCAUUCUAGCAGCUAUUGUGAACCACCUACAGAACAGCAUCCAGGAAGAUAAACUUUCUGGUGACAGAAUAAAACAAGUCAUGGAACACAUCUGGAAACUUCAGGAGUUUUGUAACAGCAUGGCUAAACUUGAUAUCGAUGGGUAUGAAUAUGCAUACCUUAAGGCUAUCGUACUCUUUAGCCCUGAUCAUCCAGGUUUGACCAGCACAAGCCAAAUAGAAAAAUUCCAAGAGAAGGCACAGAUGGAGUUACAGGACUAUGUGCAGAAAACCUAUUCAGAAGACACAUACAGGCUGGCUCGGAUUCUUGUUCGUCUCCCAGCGCUUAGGCUGAUGAGCUCCAGUAUUACUGAAGAACUCUUUUUUACUGGUCUCAUUGGCAACGUUUCAAUAGACAGCAUAAUCCCCUACAUUCUGAAAAUGGAAACCGCAGAGUACAAUGGCCAGAUCACAGGAACGAACUUAUAGUGGGAACAACACAUCUCCGUGGAUCAAAAUGAUUUUCAUAGAACCAGUAACCACACCAUUAAGAUAGAAAGAAAAUAAAAAAUAGUGAUAUUUUGGUAUGUACAGAUAUUUCCCAUAUGUUAACCAUUUCCUACCUGGUUUCUUCUUGUCUAGGAGGCCCCAACAGUAGCUACUGAAAGCCUAGGUUCCUUUUCUGCCACAAGGAAUAUUUUAAUGACUUUGGAUUUCAAAAAGACAAAUAAGGUAUCAGAUUUCUGAGCAACCUUUUAACUCGCUUUGUAUUUAGAAGUUGAUAAAGGGCAAAAAAAGUUUUAUAAUGUCAGAGACUAGUAUUAAAAAAAACCUAAAAACAGUAUCUGUAUAUACAUAUAUAAUGGUGUCCUUGGGGAUAUUUAGCAAUUAAUUACCAGGGUAACGACAUGAGCACUUUCUAAGAACUUCUUGUCCACUUGAUAAUGUUAUCAGCAUCCUGCCUGUGAAUAGGCACAGAGAAAAUGAUAUAUGUCCUUGGCCAAAAUGCUGAUGAUUUCUGUGAAAACUUAGAGGGGGACAAAAAAAAGAGACAAUCACGUCUACUUCAGGCAAAAAGGCAUGUGAGUCUGUACGCACACGUUGGUGGUGCACAUCUUUAGAAUGACGGGAAGGUGGUUUAUUUGUAGCAUGUCUAUAGCACAAUUAGCAGCCAAAUAACUGCCAGGGCCUCGGCCCACAUAAGGAUGGUCAGUGAUCAUGAGUGCUCUGGAGAUGGUCACAUGAUCACGCCGAACCAGGGCUGGUUCUACUAGCUGGCUCUCUGAUUUGCAGUGCAAUUAGUCAUUGAUUAACUGCCAGGAUAGACAUUCAGCCUCUCCAGUAACUGAAGGUAGCCCCAAUUUAUUCCUUCUUGUUAUUGGUUCCGCAGUGCGGUGGGCAUUUUGUUGGCUUCAGGCCCAUGGCGCGUCUUUGAUCAGUCCCAGCCAAAAAGAAAGUUUCCCUCUUCCUGCCUCAGUUCCCUGAAUUCUCCCGGUUCAUUUUACGUUGUUGCCCCAUUUGGGUUGACUUUCAGAAUAUAUCCCAUGAAAAGAAUCAUGUGCUCCUGCGGUUAAUGACUAAUUAAUUGUAUUAAGGUUACUCCUGUCUUCGGCUUUUGUACUGGAGAAGUGACUCCCAGUAUCAGGAUGAUAUUUGGGGUGUGACUGGGGAUUCUCUUGGUUGUCAUUCAGACACCAGUCCUGUGGCUUUUACUGUGUCUUCAUCCCCCUGCAUUGAUAAAAUGUAACCUUUCUGUAUGUAAGGCCAGUCCCUGGGGUGAGACCACAGGCACCUGGCGUGCGCCUUGCACCCCCACUCUUAGGAUGCCCUCUUGCACACCUUGGGUUUCUGGGUAUAAAGAUUCACGCAAAGAAUGUGUCCACUAUUACUUAAAAAAAAUAACAACCCUACAUGAGGGCCCAGGGAGAGCAUUUAAAUGAACUCAGAAGGAUGUAGAUCAGAGCAAAAUGAUUUUUCCAGAAUCCAGAGUCACCACUUUUUGUUCCCUUUUUUGUGUUCAUGCAAAUUAAAAAAACCAAGCAUACCAUAAUGUGGAGUUCAGUGUUAUGUCCCUUGACAGAUGGGUGUGUUAGCAAUUGCAAGUGACUAUUUCAAAUAGUUUCUUUAAAUAGCUAAAUCAGUUAUACUGGCUUCAUCAUUGCUCUAUGAUGCUAAGACCUUUUCCCUGGCCACCCUUGUCCUUUGGCUUACAGAUACAACUUAUUCCUCAUUUAGAUCUGCCACAUUCCAGUAGCUCUCUUUUCACAACAAUUGGAAAAUUAACUGCCCAGUAUUACAUACGAGGUGCAAGAGAAAAUGAAUUAUCCCUAGCAAUGCACCUAUUGCUCCCUGUGCCACCUUGUGAAUGAGUUAAAAGCUGCCAUAGCUUUCUGGAGUCUCUGUUCAGAAUCAACCAAAAUUAAGUAUUAUCCAUUCUUUAAGACAGCCAUUAGGGUGGGGAAGUGUGUUCACUUAAGACAUUGGUCCCUACUUCUAAGCUCCAGUUUGGGGGGAAUACCUCAUGGUAUUAAAUGUGACCAUUUAGAAAUUAUGUAAAUAUAAGGAAAAUGAAUUCUUUUUUGGUGAGGUUUGUUUUGGGUUUUGUUGACUUCCCAAUGUUUUGAAUGAUGAAAGAAAAAGAAAAUUGGCCAAAAUAAUGAAGUUGAUGGCUGUCUGUAUCAAUACUAAGGAUGUCGAUAGAUGACACUUGUAAACAACAGGUAUCCCAUAAAAAAUAAUACCCUUUUUAAAAGCAGCCACACUAAUGAUCAUGUGGCACACUUCUAGAAGAACAUCUUUUAUGUCAAGUCUUUCAUGGAACCAUAUUGGCUCUGAGCUCCCUGUUGGUAGUGGCUUUGAUAAGUGAUGGGACAGCAAUUGUUGAUGCCUGUUAGUUCACCCGAUUCCCCUUUCAUUUGAGGGUUGGGGGUGGGAAGUGCUUUCUGUGUUCAUUAUGUUGUUUUGAUUUAAACUGUCUUAUCAAAUUGGGGUAGGCCAUCCUAAGACUUGGAAUAAUGUCCCCUGAGACAAAGUUAUUUCAAAUAUGGUAGAAGAAUGGAAUAGGUAGACCACAUAAGAUUUAUGUUUCUCUUCUAUAAAUUAUUCAAACAUUAACACUUUGAUAAAGAAUUUACUUGGAAAUAAAGAUUGUACCAAUAGGCCAUUGAGAGCAGCUCUCAGAAAGAUUAGGAUUUGUGCUACAAUGACUUCAGUGCCUGAAGAAAACAAGUCAAUUGAGUUCAUUGUUCGUGCAAACAUCCUUGACAGUGCUGACCAAACUGCCUCUAAGAAAACAAAAUAUUUUAAGUUUUUGAAGCACUCUCCUUAAUGCCUAAAUUCUUCUUGGCUCAAUUAUCAAAGAAGAAUUUUCCAUAAGGAUUAUUUCAAAUGAAUGACUUAAAUUCUGUCCUAUCAAAAAUCGUCUAGUGCCUAGGUCAAAAUAGCCUUUACAGUCUCUUUAUUUUGGGCACUUGGGCAAAAAAACCCAAACUAUUGGAUCGUGACUCCUUUAAAGGAAUUCUUUCCAAAAGCUUAGACUCGAACUUUGACUAAACCUUAAGUUAUUGCCAUUCCUUGUUAAGAGAACUCAUGAAAUACCAAAUUGAGCAAGAAGAGAGAUCAGGUCUCUAUCCACUAAGUAAACUGAAUGGUAGAAAUGAAAGGGGUCUCCAGACAGUGUAGUCUUUUUAGUCUACAUUAGUAAAGAGAAUGCCUUCAAGAUGGAGAGUAUUCUUACCAAUGGCCACGUAUUUGAAAUUUAGCUGUUACCUAAAUACGAGGUGCAAGAGAAAAUGAAUUAUCCCUAGCAAUGCACCUAUUGCUCCCUGUGCCACCUUGUGAAUGAGUUAAAAGCUGCCAUAGCUUUCUGGAGUCUCUGUUCAGAAUCAACCAAAAUUAAGUAUUAUCCAUUCUUUAAGACAGCCAUUAGGGUGGGGAAGUGUGUUCACUUAAGACAUUGGUCCCUACUUCUAAGCUCCAGUUUGGGGGGAAUACCUCAUGGUAUUAAAUGUGACCAUUUAGAAAUUAUGUAAAUAUAAGGAAAAUGAAUUCUUUUUUGGUGAGGUUUGUUUUGGGUUUUGUUGACUUCCCAAUGUUUUGAAUGAUGAAAGAAAAAGAAAAUUGGCCAAAAUAAUGAAGUUGAUGGCUAUCUGUAUCAAUACUAAGGAUGUCGAUAGAUGACACUUGUAAACAACAGGUAUCCCAUAAAAAAUAAUACCCUUUUUAAAAGCAGCCACACUAAUAAUGAUCAUGUGGCACACUUCUAGAAGAACAUCUUUUAUGUCAAGUCAAACACAUGCCCAUAAUUUCUUCUGUUAAAUAAAACCUUGCCUUGAAGACUUCUAUAGCAUCAAUGAAUUUUAAAAGACAGUGAUACCUGAAAAAAGACUGGAAUGGGCUAAGUCAUACAAGAAAAGAAUUACAUUUUCCGAUUUCUGUUAGAUCAGAAUUUUGAAACAAUACUAAGACAGCAUUUUCAGUGAAUAUAACAUCAUUUUUCUAGUAUUGAAGUUUGUGGUUCUGAAGAUUUUUUUAAAAUAUUAUUUAUUGUCUUCUUUUCCAAGAGUGUGAUGAGUCUUGAGGUUGUGUUUUGUUUUGUUUUUCAACUUAAGGUAUAUUGUUGUGUGUUAGAUGUGUUCUAUAAUUCUGCAAUUUGGAGAUGAUUCUUUUAGGUCCCUUUAGAAUCAGUAUUAAAUGUUAACUUUGGGUUCAUGAUGUUUUAGUUGCUAAUGACAAUGUGGCUGCAUCUAUUCUGUUAUAGGCAUCUUUAUGUUUUAGCAACCCAUCACAUAAUUUAUUUGUGUCCACACUACAGACCUAGUUUUUUAAUUGACUUAACAGGGUUUAUGAACAGAGCUGUAAAAGAUCUGCAUAUAUGUCUAGAAAAAUAUAUCCUGAUCCUUCUGGCAAAAUUAUAUUGGAAAUCCAUCUUAAAACCCAUGGCUUGUUCCACGCCACAUGUGUAUACUGUAAUUGUGUUUUGAACCCAGGACAGUCUCCAGUUCAAAAACAAUUUCCUAUUUUGGCAGACCUCUCACUCGGAGUAGAGUCUGGGUGCGAAUCAUCCCAAUUUCCCAUUGUAGAUUCCAUUUUAGAUCCAUUGCCAUGACCCCCAAACAUUUCUUUGACUCCACUCCACCAUCUCCUGAUGUAGCUUAAUUUGCAGCAGGUCCUCAGUUCAUUAUGAAGUGACCACCUUUUGAUCUCGGUUGGCAGAAGAGAAUACUUAUUCUACAUGCUUCCUCUUAACUCACUUCUUCGAACCCUUUGGAUUAUGGGAGAUUCGUUUUAAAAGAAAUGUCUUAACUCAGAUGUAAAGACAAAGAGAGAGAGCCCUGAUAGACUUGGGGUUAUUUUGGGGGUGGGUUUUGUAUGCAGGUUUAUAAAUAUCUUCUUUUUGUGCCUCCCACAAUUGUGCAUUUCUGCAUGUCCUGUAAUAGAAAUCGCUUCAGCAACUAUGUACGUGUACAGAUUUCUAUGUAUGUGUGUAUGAAUGAAUGACUUUAUAAGUGUUUAUAUCUUAUAUAUAUGUACAGUGUAAAUAUGUGUGUAUGUUUAUAUGUAUAUUAUGUAUACAGAUAUGUAGCCAUGUAUUCAAACAUUUUUAUGUUUAAAGAGAGUUUAUGAUUGAGUUGCUAAUGUAAGCUAAAUUGUCUUCAAUGUUUAUACAAUCCCUCAGCAUUGGAGGUUUUCCUAAAUGUUUUUAUAUUUUUCUUAUUUGGGUGGUCAGAUUGGGGGGGAGGGGCAAUAUACCACCAAGGGAAAGAAGAGCUAGCUAUGUCCUAACUGUACAAGUGGAAAAAAAAAAGGAUGAAAUAAAAACUAUUCCAGGAGAAUGCAAACGUCCAUCUAUUCCCUAACUAUAUAGAGAAGGAUAAUGGCUUGAGUUCAGAGGGCACUAGAGGUGGGGGCAUUCCAGUUUACUAUGUCUAAAAUAUGAUCAUUCUCCCCGUUUCCUUCAGUGCCCAACCGGAAGAACAUGAGGGUGUGGUGUGCAAAAUGAAAAUAAUGUUGCACUUCUCUGUUUCCCAGAGCACACUGGGAAUAACCCCCACAUCCCAACACACACCCCACUGCAUUUGUACAUCAUGUGUAGGCAUUCUCCUAAAAAAAUAACAUUCGCAAAUUCAGAGAUGAAGAGUAGGUUAUUUCAGUGAUGGGGACUCAGCUCCCAAGUGUGAUCUUAGUUUUCCACUCUCCCUGGUGCAUCAGUCAGAAGGAUCCUUUCAUGCUGAAUAUGUCUGCUGAGGGAGUAGGGGGCUGUUCUCUAAUGUUCCCGGCAGGGAACACUUUGGAAAGGUCACAGAAGGGGGAGCGAACAAGAAAAAAAUGACCUAGGCAGGCGCAGUUCUGAAAGGCAAACCUUUUUUUUCCUUCUUUUUUUAAAUCACGUGUCCAUUUUUGGAGGAGAAAAAAGUAAGACUAUUAUUAUUAUUACCACUGUUGACUUUUAUGUGGCACUCAUUUUAUCUACCAAUGAAACUGAAAUUCUAUUUAGUCGCCUGAAAUCAGCUGAGGGCAUUUUCUGCCCAUCAUUAUGCUUCAGUUUUAAAUUUGGGGCUACAAAGGGCACUAAUACUACUUUGUGUAUACCCUUAAUGGUAAAUGCAGGACUAUUGGAUUCCACACUAAUGCUUCCAAAAAAAAAAAAGGUUAUGUGGAUUUAAAAUUAGAAGUUACGCCUAAGGAGAAAACUUAUCCAUAUCAACCAUGGUCCAGUAAACAAGAUGGCAACAUUUGGGCCAAAUUCUAUUAUGGGAAGCUGGUUUACAAAAAUAUUUCAAAGGCCACAUGCUGGAACAAAUAGUGAAGGCAAUAAGGGAUAGAAUCACAUAGGGUUUUAAUAUAUAAAACAAAUUGCCAAAGAGAUGACUGAAUUGUGUAGACACUUUAUGGGAAAAUAAUAAAUAAUGGCUAUCCCUAAUCAAACAGAAGGCUGUGAGUUACUAUUUUUCAGCAUUUUAGGUUUUAUCAAUUUUAGUAGCAAUCAUCCCACUGACACUCUAAGGAAGCGAGGGUGAGGGAGAAAAGAGGUAAAAGAAAAAUGAAAUUUUGAUGACUCUAAACAGAAUUUUUUAAAACAAAGUAGAUUGAUCAUACUGACAUCAUUUCAAAGAAUAUAUAAACUGGAUUUCAGAGAGUAGGCACUCGUCCUGAGUGUAUGAUGGAUAGGGAAAAGAAUAGUGUAUGAGGUUUGGUUUGGUUUUUUAAUGCAUAGAUGUUUUUGAUUAACCCCUGAAGUUCGAAGUGCUUGUUUUGUAUAUUUACAUACACAUAGCACCUAGGAAGCUACGCCGGGAGAAGAUCAACCAGUAUUGAUUCUUGGAAUGUUGGCUUAGUGUUUUAG